AUGGAGUUAGUGAAGGGGAAUCAUCAGGCUUUCAUUACUAGCUUGGUAGUGCAGCCGACCUUACGGGAAAAGAUCAGAACAGCUCAGAUGAAAGAAUCAGAGCUGGUCGAGGUUAUAGAGGGAGUGCAGAAUGGGUUAAAACUGGAUUUCAACAUCUCAGAUGAUGGGAUGUUGAGAUUCCAUACCAGGAUCUACAUAUCGAAUGACGCCGAGAUCAAGCGGUAUGAAAAAAGAGAUCGCCCAUUUCAUAGAACAGUGCCAGACAUGCCAGCAGGUUUGCCAUUAGCACUUCACGGGUUGAAUGCGAUUUGGGUUGUGGUUGACAGAUUGAUGAAGAUAGCCCAUUUCAUCCUAAUUAAAACAGAUGGUCCAUUAAAAAGGACCAUCCAGAUCCUAGACUAUAUGUUACAGGUGUGUGUACUGGAUUUCAGUGGCAAUUGGAUCAGAUAUCUACCAUUAGUUGAGUUCGCCUACAACAAUAGUUAUCAAGCCAGCAUCGAGAUAACACCGUAUGAAGCACUAUAUGGUCGGAGAUGCCGAUCUCCAUUAUAUUGGGAUGAGGUCAGUGAGCAGCAAAUUUUAGGGCCAGAGUUUGUCCAGCAAGCCGCUGAGAAGGUCCAGGUUAUCAAGGAGAGAAUAAAGACAGCUCAGAGUCGGUAG